GAACUGAUAAUAUUUUUUUUGUUUUAUUUUUGUCAGGUUAAGUGGAGUAAGAUAGUAAAUAAUUCAAUUUUUUAAAAGUUGUUAAGUUAAUUAUUUAUUGAUUAAUUGAUUACAGUAAUUAUUUAAUAAAUGCGAUGAGUUUAAUGUGAAAUAUUUUGAUAAAAAAAGCCCACAAUUAAAUCACAAAUAUGUGAAAAAAAAAUAUCCCGAAAACCAAAAUGUUUUGCAUUCUGGAGCGAUCAUUUCCAGUACUAAAACGAUCAAUUCUCAACAUUAAAUUCCGCCAUGUAUGCACGACAUUUGUCAUGUUAAUGAUAUUACAAUUCUUCGGAAUAUUUACUCACAUAUUCGAAGUAUCAUUCGAAGACAAUUUCUCAUACCCCUACGAAGGCGAUGUAUCCUCAUCAGUAGAAGCUCUGAAGCACAACAAGAAGCCCGAAAUCGAGCCAAUAAACAGCUACAAUUACGAUUACAUCCACGAUAUCAAAGAAAACUGUAUCGACAACGACUAUCAUACAUUGAGAAUAAUAUUUAUCGUUAAAUCAGCGAUCGAUAAUUUCGAUCGACGCAACGCAAUAAGAAAUUCAUGGGGUCACAAGAAACGUUUUUUCGACGUACCAACGCGCACUGUAUUUUUACUGGGUACCAAUCCAAUGCACAAUAAAAAAUUACAGUCGAAAUUAGACGACGAGAUAAAAAAACAUAAAGAUAUCGUUCAAGGAAAUUAUAUCGAUACUUAUUACAACAAUACAAUAAAAACAAUGAUGGGGUUAAAAUGGGCAGUUAACUACUGUUUGAAUUCAAAAUUUUACAUGUUCGUUGAUGACGACAUUUACGUGUCUGUCAAAAACGUAUUGAGAUUUAUAAGGAACCCGACGUCUUAUCCAGAUUAUCUACAGGACCCUAGUAGAAUUGGUGGCCCACACAAACGUGAGAUAAGCGAAUCUUAUGUGCCAAAUUUAGUUAAUCAUUUGCCAAAGAAUAGUAGUAAUAGUUCUAAUUCUAUAAAUAAAACGAGUACCGAUAAUCAGUAUCAGUACCAAGUGAAUGUAACUCUGAAUAAUGAGAGUUCAAAUAACGACAGUGAUGGAGCUUUAAUCAGAAAACGCAGACAAGUAUUUGAUUUUGAGCUACCGAAUGACGUAAUGCUAUUUGCUGGGUACGUAUUUAUAUCGUCACCGCAUCGUUACAAAUCGUCUAAAUGGUACGUCUCGUUGGAUGAAUAUAAAUAUGACAUGUGGCCACCGUACGUCACUGCGGGUGCUUAUAUAUUGUCUAAAGAGGCGCUUAUUAAUUUGUAUUACACGAGUUUUUAUACAAAACACUUCAAAUUUGAUGAUGUUUAUUUGGGUCUAGUUGCUAAGAAAGCUGACAUUGAACUUUUUCACUGUGAUGAGUUUCAUUUUUAUAAAAAAGAAUACACUAAGUAUAAUUAUAAAUAUGUUAUCACGUCACAUGGCUACGGAGAUCCUGCGGAAUUGAUGCAUGUGUGGAAUGAACAAAAAUCAUUAGGAAAUGCGUAAAUUUAAGUUCCGUAACAAAAUAUCUACGGACAAAAUAUAAACAUCAGGAAAUUCCUGCAUACAAAGUAACCAAACAAAAUAAUAUUAUGUGUGUAAAGUAAUGAUCUUAUAUGACAAUAGUAUGAGUGUAAAUUAGGGAUCAAUUAUCAAACAAAAAGUUCAUAUAUGUAUCGAAAUUAAUAGUCAAGUUAUUAAUAAUAAUAGAAUCUAGGAAAAAAUAGAUCCGUGAUUUUUUUUUAGGGAGAUUUCUUUAGAAAUUGGACUAUUACAAUGGGUCUUAUAAUGGAAUUAUCAAAGAAUUUUGCUACCAUAUGUCUUAUUUUAUAUAGCAGAGUCAAAAAAUACCAUCCACUCAAAAGUUUAUAUAUGUAUGUACAGUCCGCGUCACUUGGAUAGCUUCACCUAUUUUUUUCAAUAUCUGAUUCUUAAUCAAAAUUUUUUCUUCCUUCCGCAAAUCAUAAAAGUAGUAGUUACAUCCAUCAGGCCCAUCUAAAUUAAAUUUUAUUUCAUCUGAAAAAAUUACUUGUAGCCAUUUAUCUAUCCAACUCAUAUGUUCUUUUACAAAUAAAAGUCGUGCUGAUGUGUGUUUUUGAUUCAAAGCCGAUUUUUUCUUCAAUUUCAUUCUCUUUAGAUGCUUUGCCCGUCUUAUCACUCUUGUUACAGUUGAAAUAGAUGCUGCUGUUCCAACUUCUGCCGCGAUUUGCCUCACAGUCUUAAUGGAAUUAGAUGCCGCGCGAAUUAUCAUUCGACGUUCCCUUGGCGUUGUUGCUAAUUUCGUUCGACCUUUAUAAUUUUUUCCGUAGUUUUCAUUGUUUUUCACGAAAUUAUUAAUAACUUUAGCACUUCUAUUCACUCUUCUAGCGAUUUCAUGAUGAGAAAAAAUUUUGAUUAAGUAAAAAAUUAAUUUUAUUAAUUUCUUCAAUACUUAACAUUUUAUUGCGCCCCAUUUUAUAUAGUAACCAAUUUUGGUGUUUCAAAUCGAUUUUAAUUUAUUCACUACGCUAUAAAAUUGCAACAUAAUAAUACGAAAAUGAAACGUAUUAGUUCCUUUGCGCAAUAAAUUUGACUGAGGCUAUCCAUGUGACAAACUGCCGACCAGUGGCAUGUCCCCCUCACGAUAUCCUCGCUUUGUUUCUCGAACACUAACAACAUAUCUUGUUCUGUCUUAAAUAAGUAAUAUAAAAUAUACAGAUAAUUUUAUAAAUCAGCUUGUAAAGAAUCAGUUAUUGAAAAAAAAUAGGUGAGGGCAUCCAAGUGACGCGGACUGUACAUAACUCAAAACCUGGAAAUUCAUAUAAUGUAGCUUAUAAAAGAAGUAUUGACUUCACUCCUGCAGUGUAUUUUUAAUAGUUCAUUUUUUGAGGUUUAACAAAUUUUUGUAUCUAAAUGAGAAAUCUACUUUUCCAUUCCGGGUAAGGCCAGAUGGCUCUUUCAUUUAUUUAUUCAUUAGGGAAUUUAUUGAAGACAAUACUUUUCACUCUUUGAAAGCAAAGAUCAUCUUGAAAAGAAUUCCUAAGAUUAGAAACAAGCUAGAAGUCGAACCCGAAUUUUCAUAAUAACAUCCUCAAAUUCUUCCUACAAAAUAGUGAUAUGUUAACAUAUACCAAUAAAAAUUUGUCAGCAGAUAUUUUGUCCGUAGAUAUUUAAGCGGGACAUCUAAAUUUAUUUAUUGUCCAUGUGAUGAUAUUUUAUUUACCAAAAGUCCAUGACUCCUAGGACCAAUAUCUGUGCGUCUUAUUUAUUUAACAAAAAAAAACCCUGCUUUGAGACAAAAUAAAAUUUGUCAUGUUUUUUUAAAAGAUAUCUUCAAGUUGUCUCUGUACUACUUGGGUUGUUACGCACUUAUUAAAUUAGCAAAAAUAUUUUGAUUAUGAAAAAAAUAUUAAACAAUUUUUAUUAGAAAGAUUAUUUUUAUGAUUGAAAUUAUAAUCAUGGAAAUAUGAUUUUGCAAUAAGAAUCAAUUAAAAAUUUUUUUUACUAGAGGCAUAAAAAAUAUUUUUUAAUAAUAAUUUAUUUUAAACUGUACACAGAAAUAAAGAAUUUCUUGGCGCAAAAAAAAGUUUUCAUUAUGAAAUGAAGAAAGAAAUUUCUUGGGAGUAAAAAAAAUUUCUUGGCAUAAGAAAACUUUUACAAAAGAAAUGAAAAAAAAAAUUUCUUAGAACUAGAAAACGUUUCUUGGCACAUGGAAAAUUUUUCAUUACGAAAUGAAUAACAAAAUUUUUUAGGAGUACAAAAAUUUCUUAGCAUAAGAAAAAUUUUACAAAUGAAAUGAAAACGAAAAUUUUUUUAGAACUAGAAAAAAUUUUUGACACGGAAAAUUUUUCAUUACGAAAUAAAAAAAAAAUUUUCUUAGGAGUAAGAAAAAUUUCAUAGCAUAAAAAAAUUUUACAAAUGAAAUGAAGAGAAAAUUUUCUUAGAACUAGAAAAAAUUUUUUGGCACAUGGAAAAUAUUUCAUUACGAAAUGAAAAAAAAAUUUUCUUAGGAGUAAAAAAAAUUUCUUAGCACAAGAAAAAUUUACAAAUGAAAUGAAGACAAAAAUUUUCUUAGAACUAAAAAAAUUUCUUAGCAUAAAAAAAAUUUGUGUCAUGAAGUAAAAAAAAAUUUCUUGUGCCAAGAAAUUCUUUUUUUUUCUGUGUAAAAAAAAUAAUUAUGACUAAAAUCAAAACUUAACCAACUGGACUUGAAAAAGUUUUGAGUUUAAAAAAUUUUUUUAAAAUUCUAAUAGUUAAUUAUUUAAUAGAAAUAAUAGAACAAUUUAGAUAGAAAAUAAUUAAAAAAAGUUUGCUUACGAACAAAAAAAAAAACUCUCUAUAUUGCUUAGGAAGAACGAAUUUAAUUAAGUAAUUUAUUAAUUUCAUUUAAUUAGUUAAUAAUUAGGCAAAGAAAAAUAGGAACUUUGAAACUAUACUGUGAUGAAUAUAAUUUUUAUAUGAGCAAUUUCAAUAUUAUUAGAUGUAACGACCAAGCGAUAUUCAAAUACUCGAUAAUAAAUUAUAAUUUGUACUUACAAAAUCAUCAUGUAUUUUCAAUAAAAAAAAAAAACAAA